AUGAGACUGAAGGACGUCUGCAUGGUCACUGUCCAGAACAAGUUCUGUCCAUCAGCAGUGUCCAGGUGCAGAUGUCCAGCCCACUCCAACAACUUCCAUGAAGGUGGUGAAGCCAGAGGCUGGACUGCCAGGAAGACGGACUACGCCUUUGAGAUGGCGAGCUCUAACAUUCGUUACGGAGCAGGAGUCAGCAGAGAGGUCGGCAUGGACCUGCAGAACCUCAGAGCUCAGAACGUCUGUCUCAUGACGGACCAGAACUUGUCCCAUCUUUCUCCUGUGAAGGCAGUGCUGGAGUCUCUGGUCAGGAACAGUGUCCAGUUCAAGGUCUACGACAACGUGCGGGUGGAGCCCACCGACUCCAGUUUUAAAGACGCCAUCUUGUUUGCUAAAAGCCACUCCUUUGACGUGUUUUUGGCGGUGGGUGGGGGCUCUGUGAUUGACACCUGUAAAGCAGCCAAUCUGUAUGCCUGUCACCCUGACGCCGACUUUCUGGACUUCGUCAACGCUCCAAUCGGAAAAGGCCGGCCAGUAACGGAGGCGCUGAAGCCUCUCAUUGCAGUUCCCACGACUGCAGGUACCGGCAGCGAGACCACCGGAGUCGCUAUCUUUGACUACGAACCUUUAAAGGCUAAAACAGGUAUCGCCAGCAGAGCCAUCAAACCCACCCUGGGCAUUGUGGACCCAGAACACACCCUGAGCAUGCCUGAGCGUGUGGCCGCUAACAGUGGCUUCGAUGUCCUCUGCCACGCCCUGGAGUCGUACACUGCCCUGCCCUACGACCAGAGGGCGCCAUGUCCCUCCAACCCCAUCAACCGCCCUGCAUACCAGGGCAGCAACCCCAUCAGUGACGUCUGGUCCCGCCACGCCCUUCACAUGGUCGCAAAGUACCUGAAACGAGCUGUGCAGGAUCCAGAGGACCUAGAGGCUCGGUCCAACAUGCACCUGGCCAGCGUUUUCGCAGGGAUUGGCUUCGGAAAUGCAGGAGUUCAUCUGUGUCAUGGGAUGUCUUAUCCAAUCGCAGGGAAUGUCAAGACUCACUCAGCGAGGGGCUACAAUGUGGACCAUCCCCUUGUGCCGCACGGACUCUCUGUUGUCCUCACAUCUCCAGCUGUCUUCACUUUUACAGCACAGAUGUGUCCAGAGCGCCACCUGGAGGCUGCAGAAAUCCUGGGUGCAGAUGUGCGGCAGGUGAAACGGCAAGAUGCUGGCGCUGUUCUAGCUGACACGCUGCGUCACAUCCUGUUUGACCUGCAGGUGGAGGAUGGGCUCGGCGCUGUCGGAUACAACAGAGAGGACAUCCCGGCGCUGGUGAGGGGGACGCUCCCCCAGGAACGUGUCACCAAGCUGUCUCCGCGGGAGCACACGGAGGAGGACUUGAGCAGACUAUUCGAUGCCUCCAUGAAGUUGUACUGAACAGCAGGUGGUGCUUCUACUGCAUCACAAAACUCACCUGGAAGUAAAAACCUUUAUUCUGAAAGUCAGAUGGAGGCAUUUCCCAUCUGAAAAUAUUUAAUACAUUUAAAUAAAAACUAUUAAAAUCUGUUCAUGUGUAAGCUGAUCAGCAAGAACCUGAGAAAACUAUCUGAAACUGAAUGAUGAGUUCUGUGAUCAAUAAAAAAUG